UGGCCGCUAGGUAAGAUGAGCGGAUGGGCCGCGUCGUUUCAGCGUGAAGUGCUCACUCCGGGAGGACCGUUAACUCGGGCGGUGGCGAGUUAAAAUGGUCGAUAUCCGACCCGUAAGGCAUCCAGAAACAGUUGUACAUUGUGCGAACAUCGUCAUUCAAACUUAACUGUUGUUCCUGAGCUGUUAUGACACCACAACCACUAACCGAAAGAUGUGGCAUAUGGCAGCAACCAUCUUGAUCUCUGUGACAGGAAGUUGUAAACAAGCAAGACCACCCACUAUUAACAUCACGUCUUAGUGGUCAGUUCUGCCUUCGGAUCAGAGCUUAAACUGAAACCAUGGCAGUGAAGGACCGCGUAGAGGCUGUGCUCAAUGUGGGUCUGCGUGUUCCCAGCAUCAUGCUGUUGGAUGUCCUCUACCGCUGGGAUGUCAGCUCCUUCUUCCAGAAGAUCCAGCGCUCCAGCCUUUCCAAUAACCCCCUUUUUCAGUACAAGUAUCUGGCCCUCUACCUGCACUACGUAGGUUACAUCUUGAGCUUGGUGCUUCUGACUCUGCCUCGUCAGCACCUGGUUAAACUUUACCUGUAUGUUCUUACGGCCCUGCUGCUGUUUGCUGGUCACCAAGUGUCAAGGGAUUAUGUUCGCAGUGAACUGGAUUCGGGUUAUGAAGGCCCUGUCUACCUGGAACCUCUCUCCAUGAACAGAUUCACCACUGCACUCAUAGGUCAGCUGGUGGUUUGUACACUUUGUUCCUGUGUGAUGCAAACCAAGAGGAUUUGGCUGUUCUCUGCUCACCUCCUCCCUCUAGUGGCUAGACUGUGUCUGGUCCCACUCGAGACCAUCGUCUUCAUCAAUAAGUUCUCAAUGAUCUUCACGGGCCUGGAGGUCAUUUACUUCCUGGCGUCUAACUUGCUGGUACCAUAUAACCUGGCCAAGACUGCCUACAGAGAGCUGGCUCAGGUGGUAGAAGUGUACGGGCUUCUUGCUUUGGGAAUGUCACUGUGGAACCAGCUGGUCCUUCCAGUUCUCUUCAUGUGUUUUUGGCUCGUGCUGUUUGCUCUGCAGAUAUACUCCUACUUCAGCACAAGAGACCAGCCUACUUCCAGAGAGAGGCUGCUUUUCCUUUUUCUUACAAGUAUCGCAGAAUGCUGUAGUACACCGUACUCUCUGCUGGGUCUGGUUUUCACAGUUUCUUUCAUUGCGCUGGGCGUUCUCACACUGUGCAAGUUCUACCUGCAGGGCUACAGAGCCUUUAUGAAUGACAACACCAUGCACAGGGGGAUGACUGAAGGUAUCACCUUGCUAAUCCUUGCGGUCCAAACUGGCCUCAUUGAGCUGCAGGUCAUCCACAGAGCCUUCCUCCUCUCUAUCAUCCUCUUUAUUGUUGUUGCUUCCAUCCUGCAGUCCAUGCUGGAGAUAGCAGAUCCUAUAGUCCUAGCCCUGGGAGCAUCUAGAGACAAGAGUUUGUGGAAGCACUUCCGUGCAGUUUCUCUCUGUCUCUUCCUGCUGAUCUUUCCAGCGUACAUGGCUUAUAUGAUCUGCCAGUUCUUCCACAUGGACUUCUGGCUUCUCAUCAUCAUCUCCUCCUCAAUCCUCACCUCUCUCCAGGUCCUUGGCACUCUUUUGAUCUAUGUUCUCUUCAUGGUGGAGGAGUUUCGUAAAGCUCCAGUGGAGAACAUGGAUGAAGUCAUAUAUUGUGUAAAUGGGACCUACAGAUUGCUGGAGUUUCUGGUUGCGGUGUGCGUGGUGUGCUAUGGUGUAUCAGAGACUGUAUUUGGCGAGUGGAGUGUGAUGGGAAGCACCAUCAUCUUGGUCCACUCGUACUAUAACGUCUGGCUCAGAGCCCAGCUGGGCUGGCAGAGCUUCCUGCUCAGGAGAGAUGCUGUAAACAAGAUAAAAAGCCUCCCCACAGCUAGCAAUACACAGCUGCAGCAGUAUAACGACAUCUGUGCUAUCUGCUUCCAGGACAUGACCAGUGCUGUGAUCACUCCGUGCAGUCAUUUCUUCCACGCUGGCUGUCUGAAGAAAUGGCUGUAUGUCCAGGAAACGUGCCCUCUCUGUCAUUCACAACUCAAGAGCCAAUCACCAACUAAUGGCGGAGCUACCCAAGAGACACCUGCAGCCAAUCAGAACCCUGCAGGACAGGAAGAAGCCCCAGGCAACAAGCAGGAGGAGGACCACAGCACUCUACCGGAGGAUAGGAAAGAGGAAGCGUCAGUAGAGCAGGAGGGAGAUAAUGAAACUACCACAUCAGCUGAGGAAGCCUCCUCUUCCACCUCCCCCACUGGCAUGCAGUCUGCUCCCCUGCACAUCGUCAACCCUCCAUUAUCAUCUUCCUCUUGUUCUUCUUCUCCUCUUGCAACUGAUUCUGUGCCGCACCAGUCCCCUGCAGAUCACCCUUCUGCAUCUUCUUUCUCUACCUCUUGCACAUCAGACACACCUGACGCUCCUGCAUCUCACUGCCAUUCUGUCUCCACCUUUCACCAACCAACGUCACAGGUACUGACCCAAGCAGAGGCGAACCCUGCUGAACCCGAAUCCCUCCCUCAGCUAAAAUCGGUCUCCCUUGUGGACAGCAAGGAAAACUCUACUGGUCCAUCAUCACAAUCUAACCCACCAACUCCCCAUUCAGUGGAACCUCCUCCUCGUCCUCCACCCCCUCCUCCAUUCAACCCCUGAGCUCCAUUGUAACACACACACAACAUACAUGCAUGCAUGCAUAUAUAAUCACACAAUCUAAAUAAUCCCCUAUUGUACUUGUCCAACUGUUUGCUGUUGGCUCUCCCAUCAUGUCCAACUCCUUCAUAUCCAUAUUAUGUUUCAAAAGAUCUUAAACAAUCUCUAAACAGAAAUUCAUCACUCGGUAUUUAAAAAAAAAAAAAGAGAAGACAAUGAUUGCAGCUUUAUAAAAUGUUAGUACUUGGAGCAAUGAAAGGUUUCCCAUGAUAGGUGUAACCCAUGCCAACAGUGAUUUCAUCACAGGUGCAGUUGUUUUCCACAUGUUCUUUCACAGGGAUUCAAAUUUAAUACAAAAAACAGGAUGCAGUAAUCUCAUCUCAAAAUGAAUUGGGAGUUUUACACCAUGUCCAGAAAAUGUGAAAAUCAGAUUUCCAUCCCGGCCUUUUUCUUCCCCCCCCUCCCUACAAUCAUGCUUUUACCCCUUACCUUUUGAUGCCCGACAUUUAGGGCAAUGGUUGCUCCUGCCUUUGUUUGUACAGCUUGAACUUUCACUGCUGUACAUUUCAUAGUGUUUGGGUGCCACGAUUUAUCGAACAAUUGAUCAGACUAUCGAUUACUGAUGGUUGCAUUUUAUACCGUGACAAAGUCUUAACAUUUCAUAACGUCUAGAAAUUCUCCACAUUUUUUGUUUUUCACUGCUGGGUGUCAGUAGUGUUGUGAUUUAGUGAAUACUGAGCGUUAGCAGACUGAAUGUUGUUUAUUGAGGUCGCCGCAUGACCUAAAGCCUGGUGCUAAGCAGAGGACACAUGGUAUGGUCUAGCUGAGGGGUGCAGUGUGAACUUUUGGUUCACAUUGAAUAACUUACAUGUGUCAAGCUUUUGCUUUUAUACUACUUCAAUAUCUGAUUCAGACUUGUUUGGCUGGUCCCAGCAAAAAAACAGUUCUAUUCCUCAUCGCCAAACUUUUGUAUUACUGUUAAAGCAACUUUAUUUUUAAGGUCAUUUUUACAUUACUGCUUUAUUGGAUACCACACGCUGCAAAUGGACUAAGGGGAAGAUGGAGAGACGAGGUAUAAAUUAGUCCACAGAGUUGAUAAGGAGCUCGGAUUUUGCCCUCAUUAGCUCUAUUUUAUGGUUCUCACUCGCGCUUACCGUUGCAAGCUUAGCUCACUAACAGAUCAACCAAGCAUUCACAUUGUUGAUCGCUGAUGGCAGGAGCCAAUCAGCUCCUUUCAUCCAGUUACAUUAGAGACCCUGUAUUUUCCAAGACAUUAGGGUUUUCCUGCUCGUCAGUCAGUUUACUCCAUAAAUUGUUGAUACCAGCAAAUUGAGCCAUAGCUUCUUCUUUUUUUUUUUUUUUUUUUUUUUCACAAAAACACACUUUCUUUUGGCUACUGCAUUUAGCAGAUGAAGCAUGGCGAGGAAGAAAUAUGCUUUGAAAUGAGUGUGAAAGACUGAAAACUUGAGGAUGGCAAGUCCUGAUGCACGCUUAUAUGUAGACCUUGCUGCCGCUCUGACCACAGAAUUUGUUCGUCCCCAAUGUGCUAUAACCUUGCUACCAAUGUUUUUUGUUUUUUUUCUACCUUUUUUUUUCUUUUGGGGUUAUAUUUGCACUAAUGUCAUUUUUUACUAGCAAUGCUCCAAAGCUGUUCUGUGGAUGUCGGCAACCAAAUACCCUCUGAUGUCUGUGUAUGAGGAAACGGCCCAAUCUGUUUGUGUGUAAUGUACAUAAAUGUUGCUCUGUACGGAAUCUAUAUUAAACCAGAGGAGUGUUGAUAGAUAAAUAUAUAUAUAUAUACGUAUAUAUAUAUAUAUAUAUAUAUGUAAGACGAGGGCUUGGUUUCUCCAAAGUUUCCUUUCUUUGUUUCUUCACGUGCCUGAGAGCAAAGAGAAUUUUUUGGAUAAGAAGCUGCUGGGAAAUCAAGCCCUCUGAUCUUUGAGACCAGCCAGUGUUGCUGCUUCUCCAGUCUAUAUGAUGCAUCUUUUAAGCUGGUGUGAUCACUCUGGUGCCCUCUACUGUUAGGAGUGGGAUCAGCAUGGUGCAGACGGACAGGAGACGCAUUAAUUAGCGCUCAGCAGUAUUACUUACUAGCACUAUUAUUAAAGGUCUUAUUAGUAUGAAUGACCAUAUUCUUGACAUUAGGAAGCGUGGGCUGCAGGGUUGAGAAUGAAUACACGAUCAGUGUAGGAUCAAACCUGACCAACGCUGUUUUGACUUUUUGUGUUUAUUUUUUUUAAAGAGAUGAAAUGUAGAGUUUGAUGUAUUUUGCACAUGUUCUUCUGAAAGGUGAACCUAAGGACUUUUCUGUACACAACUUAUUUUAUUACCAACACCAUUCCUUCAACGUUGAUUUUUUUUUUUUAACUUAAAUACAGCACUUGAAACGGUUAUAAUGAAUUGAGCUGUUUAAAACACACUUGGUUUUCGCCAUGACGCAUUUCCACUGCGUCCUGCAUUGAGAUCACCUGUAAGAUGAAAUGUGACGUGACGCCCCACGAGGGCGAUAACAGUCAGUGGCAGCUGUAUGUGAAUUUUGCAUUUCAGUAUUAAAUAAUGAAUACGAGAUGCUUGUCAGCUGUUGAUUCCUCAAGUAUUUGCUCGGUUAUUACACCACGUUGGAGAAGUUGCAGUUUCUCUCUUCAGGCUACGAACUGUGGCUUCAUUUUUUCAUACUGUCUGGGACAGUUUGACAUCAAAUUAUUAGCACAUAAUAAGCUAAUAAUUGUGCUCAAUAUUCAUCUGAUUAAUAUAAAGUACAUGCAGACAGUGAAGCUUUAAAAAAAAAAAAUGCAAUCUUUAAUGCAUUAUUUGCAUCCUGUGAUUUGUGUUUUUCUUUCUACAUUUUUUUCUGAAUUGACUUAAAAUACGCAUCAGUGACUGUGGUAAUGUGCCAACAAAUGUCUUAGCCAUCACUGGUGCUCCUUACACUGAGCAGGAUUCAUUUUACAGUUAAGCUCCUCUAAGGGGCCAUAAUGCCUUUUCAGAUUGUAAAGUCACACAUACAUACAAGUACAAUAAGUUAACCUGAAUAUCUUUUUUUUUUUUUUUUUUUUUUUUUUUUUUUUUAAAUCUUUUUUUUUUUUAGUUGCUCCUAAUUGGCUUGCUCUGCAAUCAUAAUUUCAGGAUGUAUUUUGUCUACUUAACUAGUACUGCUGUUAGACUUUCAUAUUUGAUGAUCUUUACUGAAUGUGACUAAAAACCCAGAGACAGAAAACCAUUUUUGACCAGUGUGACAGCAAAGUUAGCCUUGCAUCUGAUAUCCAGAUGUUUCACUGUUUCCACUUUUCACGAUUCUUUGUAAAAAUCAUAAUUUUUUGAGUGUGAGCAAAUACAGAAAUGGAAUCUAUAGCUGCCACGGAGUGAGAGCUCUGUAAAGACGUUUUACUGUAUUUUCCGAAUGCGUUCUUAAAUCUGCUCUUCGAUACUGUUGCCUCUGACUGACAGAUGCGUAGAGAUGAAUUGUACUUGUGGGGCUGCUCUCCCCGACACUCCCUGCAGAUUCUUGUUUAAGAUGAAUUGUUUUUGUCCAUUGAGUUUAUCCAAAAACAGCUUUAGGACCUGCUCUGUUUAAUGUGGCUCUCAGUGCCAUUUCUUUUCUGUUAAAAUGCUUCAUGUUGGUUUUUGGACUUUAUGCCUGGCAUUGCCUUGUUUAUUUUACAAAAACUGAAUGUCAAAUAAAAUGAACCAUCCACUCUGAA